AAAUCGUCCAGAUCGGGGACAGCCAACCCACAUCACCGGCAUCCAUCUCGAUCUGGCGGCCUUCCCCCUCGAUCCCAGCUCUCCAGGCCAAGUGUCACAGCCUCCAGCCACCGCGGUCCUUGCAGCAGCAACCCCCUCACAGCCGGCCUCAUCCUCCCGGCCACGAAGCCCCACAGCCCGCGCCUCCACCUGCAGCGAUCAGUCCCCGGCGUCUCCGGCCCACACAGACGCUCCACUGCCCCUGUGCGGCGACCCCACCACCGAGCCUAGACCGCCCCAGCGUCUGCAACACCGGCAGACCCACCAUUCCAGCCGGCCUCAACCCCCCGAAUCGUCCUUCCGUUCACCGCCCAGCCUCCACUCGCCUGCGAAGCGCAGUCCCGGCCCAACCUCGCAGCCAUUUGAAUGCCGGCACCUGCAGCAGCCAACUGAACGCCGGCAGCAGACCCCUUGCAAGAAGGAAGAAAGCAGACGAGAAAAAGAAGAAAAAAAAUAUAAGGGGACUAACCCGACCCAAAGAAAAGGACCCGGCCCAACAGCAACAACAAAAAAAUGCCCUGAGGCCCAGACGAAAAACAAAAAGGCCCUGUGGCCCACACAGAAAAAGAAAAAAAAGAGAAAAAAGAAGAAGAUAAAAGUUAAAAAAAAAAAAAAAAAAACAACAACAAGGUUUUGUGGCCCUGCAAGAGGAAGCAGUCCAGUUUUCCUCAAGCUCAAAAACAUCGCUACGCACGCCUGCAUCAACACGCGUGUGCGCUAGGAUUGUUUUAUUUUCUCGAAAUCAAAUGGCUGAUCCAACUCGAUCUGAAUUUGACAUCUUGGACUCAGAAGGACUUGAGUACCAUCGUUGGGUUUCCGAUGUGGAAACUGCCUUUGUGGCAAAAGACUACACUGCCACCAUUACUGACUCUAAAGAUGAUGAACUAUCUAAUAAGGUGAAAGCAAAUGCCUUAAUGUUUCUGAGGCGACAUAUUGAUCCUAGUCUCUGCUGGGAAUACCUUCAGUUGAAGACACCCAAAGAACUGUGGGAUGCCCUUAAGGGACGUUUUGGGAACAUUCAUGACACAUUGCUCCCAGAACUGAUCGUUCAGUGGAAUGAAAUCCGUUUGCUUGACUAUAAAAGGGUAAAUGACUUCAACAAGGAUAUGUUGCGCCUAAAAGCACGUCUAAAUUUCUGUGGAAAGGAACUCACAGAAGAUGAUAUGAUCCAGAAGACUCUUUCCACUUUCCCUACUUCAGCAAUUAUACUAGCGAACCAGUAUAGGCUGGAGUAUGAUAACAAAAGAAUCACAACCUUCAACAAGCUGAUCAAACUAUUGCAAGUGGUUGAGAGGCAUAAUGAGGUUCUUUUGAAUAACAAUGCCAGGCCUGUUGGGACAAAGAAAAUUCCUGAGGCUAAUUAUGGCAAAGUGAAAGGUGGAAAGAACCCCAAUGCAAAGGGGGUUGGACGUGCUGAUCCCUACCCACGUGGCAACAAUGCACCACGUGGCAAGGGACAUGGGGGUCGUGAUAUGGGUCGUGGAGGCCCUCCCAAUGUAUGGCGCAGAGAUGAUGGUGCUGGCCCUAGUGGUCAUGGAAACAAGGUGCAAAGGGAACCUAAGAACCCUUCAGUCAAACAGAAUAGAGUUGGCAAUGAACCAUGCUAUAGAUGUGGAGUCAUUGGGCAUUGGUACAAGAACUGCUAAGCAAGCAACAGAGUAGCAGCCAAUUACAAGAGGUAUAGGGAGUCUAAAGAACAAGAGGCUCACUAUAUGGAAGAAGGAGGCCAUGACCCAGACGUCAACCUCACAAUUGCAGACUUUAAUGGCAACAAGGAACUUGCUCAGUCAAUGGAAAAGAUGGGUGGAUAUUUAAAAAAAAAAAAAAAACAAUAUUAUGUAGAUAUAUACUAUUUUUGUUUGCAAUACAUCAAAACUAUGCAAGUGGUCUAGUGGUUGGGCAAUUUAUUUGCAUAUGCUUUGGGAGGGGUUCGAAUCUCCUCAACCUCAAAAUUGGAAUUAAUUUUGGAUUUUUCCAUAUUCUGUUGCCCAGGGUCAUUUUGGGAAUUUCGCAUGCGUGUGGGUCCCACUUUUGCUGAGUUGGAAUGCCACGUCAGCAGUUAACGUUAGAAACUGACGGAAUUGAAUCGGAAGGACCUAUUGGACGAGAAAAUAAUACCGCAGGGGUGUUUUUGAUGAAAU